AUGCUAUCCUGGCUGAAACCGUCACAGAAGAAUGCCAAGGAUGGCGAACAUGCCACGAGUCGCGAUCUUGAUGCGACGGCCAUGGCUUCUUCAAGUAAUGUGGGCGGUGAGGCUGCAACUGGCUCGAAUGGGAUACCGUCUAUCCCCGAGGCAGCUACCUUAGCUGCUUCCAAGUCGGAGCCUGAACGAGCGGAGACUUCGGCUCCGGAUAGACCUACUGCCGCAGCAGCGAUGCCAUCUGCAUGGGAGCCCAAGCGGCGCGCCCUUACUUCCGCUCAGAGCCAUCCUCAUGAUGCGGUCGUCGCGGAGCUGCGCGGGCAACGUCCUGACCAUGACACUUCUGCACGCAUGGAUCAGGUCAAUUCCGCACCGCUACAGAGUGCUGACACACUUCCUACUGCUCCGAGUGAGGCUCCGGGAACAGUGAUGCCAGAACUUGACCGGCUAUUCGACCCGCAUACGGGAGCAACCUUGGGUACCUUCACACCACCUCAGAUGGCGAACGGACAGGCCAGGGAAGAACUAUGGGCGCAUCUUGCGCGCAUCCGUGCAUUGCAAGCGGAGAUCGCUGGAUUACAUGUCACCAUGGAGGGCAUUGGUCUCAAUGAGAAAGCCAUGCAUAUGCGCGUACGCGGUACGAGAACUCGCACGCGAAGCGGUAAUGUCGGAGAACGGCUUGAUCUCGGCGGUAGCGAAGGGGAGUUUGAUGCUGAGGGUAGGGAGGAGGCGGACAAGGAGGAGGCACGUUUACGGGAAGAACGAGAUCGAGAAUUCGAGACGGCAGAAAACCGCUUCGACGGACGCAAAGAAGGGAUCGACAAGAUUAUGAACAAGCUUGGAGAGCUAGCCCAGGCCUUGGCGACCUUUCAUGCACUGGAAACACCUGUUGUGGACUUCGCCGCGUCCCGAUCAAAUACAUAUUCAGAUGCGGCCGCCUCUCCGACUUCGGAUCGAUCUUUUUCAUCCCCAUUAACCCCCGGUAUCCGACUCCAUAGUCGUGGCCCGCUGAGGAUGGCUUCGGGCGACACCUUUGCGGAUAGCCCUUCUGAUGAGGCGUACACGGGCCCUAUACGGGCACCUGACAGACGGCCAUAA